AUGACUAUCAGCAGGACGUGGGAAGGCCACUUCUAUGGAGAGUUCACACUCUCCGCCAGCACAGCCACAGAUGACUGGAGAGUACAUCUCAUCUUCAACGUCCCGAUUUCAAACCUUGAAGCUAGCGAAGGCAUCUAUGUAUCUCAUGUGAGGGACGGAGUGGAGUGGUCUGUCUCCGGCAAAUUCUCCUGGUCUCAGGUGGGGGAUAAUGAAUAUAUCCCCAUCAGCAUUGAGGGUGACUACGACUUGUACGACGCUGCCGAUGACGAUAUCUGGGGUACAGCCAUGGUAGAAGCCCCUGAAGUAGACGAUUAUGGGUAUUCCCAAGCCGACCCAGUCGUCUUCAUCUCAAGCACUCAAACCCAAUUUGUCACACAAACUUUGCCCGUAGUUCCACCAACUGCAUUUAGUGAUUCGUCCGUACCUGUGGCCACACCAGCUCCAAGUGGUAUCACAGAGAAUUUUCCACAAGACACGGAAUCCAACGAUCUGUCUCCUUUCACCACUCAGUUAACAACCGUAGCCGCACCAACGACUCGUCAACCAACGGCAGCCAUUGGAACGACCAUUCCUACAGCAGGUGAUUUCCAAACGGCUCAGCCAACCACAGAAGCCAUUCAAACUACUCAGCCAACUUCAGCUGGAUUUCAUUCCAGUCAAUCGACAACUGCAGGAUUUGAGUCACCCCAGUCAACUGCAGCAGGCUUUGUAACGACUCAACCGCCUGCAGGCGACUCAACGACGACUAAACCACCGGCAGUUUACGCCCCCACGUCUCAACCUCCUGCAGAUGGCUUUAUCCCUACCCAGCCACCUGCAAAUGGCUUUAUUCCAACUCAACCACCUGUUGAUGGCUUUGUUUCAAAUCAACCGCCUGCAGGGGACUUUGUCCAGACUCAGCCGCCUAUGGCGGUUUUCCAAACGAGUCAGCCACCUGCUGCUGCUUUUCAGUCUACCCAAUCUACACCAGUCCCAUUUCGAACGACGCGACCGACGGUACCAGCCGUCAAAACAACAACAUCAUUUCUUUGGAGUGGACCCAAAAGUUGCGAACGCCUGGUUAAAGUCACUCAACCUCCCGGCUCACCCAGGAAGUAUGACUAUCCACUCGCCUUGGCCUACUCGCUUCUGUUCUAUGAGGCCCAACGCUCUGGCAAGUUACCGGAAGAUUCUCGCAUCCCCUGGAGGGGUGACUCAGCCCUAGGGGACGGGCAAGAUGAGGGACUGGACUUGACUGGAGGAUGGUAUGACGCCGGAGACAACGUUAAAUUUGGCUUCCCAAUGGCGUCAUCAACGACGGUGCUUCUUUGGGGCCUUCUACAAUGGCCUGACGCAUACGAAGCUACGGGUCAACUGGAACAUAUGUAUGACAAUGUGAAAUGGCCUCUUGAUUACUUGAUCAAAUGUCACACAGCUCCGGAUGAGCUAUAUGUACAGGUUGGUGACGCAGAACUGGAUCAUCAGUACUGGGGCCGACCUGAGGAUAUGUACAUGGAAAGGCCAAGUUUUAAAAUUAACGCUACCUAUCCUGGAUCUGACGUAGCCGCUGAAACAGCCGCUGCUAUGGCGGCAGGUUCAAUCGCCUUCAGGAAGAGAGAUCCCGCCUAUGCCGACCUGCUGCUGGCUCAUGCUGAGGAACUGUACAAAUUCGCCAACAAGCAUAGAGGCUUAUACACAGAUAGUGUCCCUGAGGCCAGCAUCUUUUACGAGUCUAGUCACUAUUUUGAUGAGAUAGCGUGGGCCGCCUGCUGGCUCUACAAGGCCACGUGGAAAGAGAAAUACCUGACGGAAGCGGUGGAUCUGUAUCCUGCUGCCGUAAACGUUCUUCCCUGGGCAUUUUCCUGGGAUGACAAAAGGAUCGGCGUCGAGGCUCUGCUUUGGAAUCUCACCCAAGAUCCCAAGUACCAAUAUGACAUGGAAUAUGCUCUGAGAAAAUGGCUGCCUGGGGGUGGUUGGAACUACACGACGAAAGGCCUGGCCUACCUCCACCGCUGGGGUAGUCUGCGGUAUGCAGAGAAUGGCGCGUUUAUAGCCCUGAUGGUGGCUGACUACGGGCUGUCCCCGGAUACGUACCGGCCCUGGGCCAUGGCCGAGAUGCACUAUGCACUGGGAGACUCUGGCCAAAGUUUUGUGGUCGGUUUUGGCGAAAAUAGCCCUAAAAAUCCCCACCACAGGGCAAGUUCGUGCCCCGAUAUGCCAGCUCCAUGUGGAUGGGAAACCUUCAACACAACGCGAGAUAACCCUCAGCCGCUAUGUGGCGCUCUUGUUGGAGGCCCGGAUGAGAAUGACUUCUACAAGGACGACCGGAAGGACUAUGUCAGUAGUGAGGUUGCAUGUGAUUACAACGCGGGAUAUCAGUCCGCACUGGCAGGUAAGCUAGAGGGUGCCAGUUAG